GCCUUAUCAUCGUGCCCUCGCUGGAAAGUGGCACUUGUGUCCCGCCGCUUGUUGGAAUCCCACAUCCCAGAUGACACGCUAGUUCCGUUCCGACCAGAGGACAGAUCGCACCACACCCGACCUUCAACCGGGAGGCCGAGUUGCGCCGCGAGACAGUGUUUUGUGUGCUACUAACGGUACGGGCGAGCAGAAACGAGACCAAUUGACCUCGCAAGCACGCCAAAAAAACCAGCCGUUCCGCCAGAAUGACCGGCGCCAUCGAAAUGUUGCUGAGCGUCCGUGGCCACCAGCGUGUGCCAUCGGAUACGAAGGAGUUCCACGAAGCGACCAAACGCGAUGCUUUGAUGCGCCUGAAAAAGGAUCUGGACAAUCUGCUCGAGACGGUGGAAGACGCGAAGCGACCAACCGUCCAGAAGGAAAUGUGUGGCUUCGAAGCGCUGUACCAUCGGUUCCUGCAAGAAGAUGGGCCGUCCGUUACGUGGGAUCGCAUCGAAAAGCUGCCCGAAGGGGCGGUGAAGGACUAUACGACGAUCAACCCUCCUCAGGAGGGGCACAUCCGCGAUAUGCUGGAGAAGCUGGUCGUGGUGAAGCUGAACGGUGGUCUCGGCACGUCGAUGGGUUGCCACGGACCGAAGAGCGUCAUUCCGGUCCGUAACGAUCUGACGUUUCUCGACCUUACCGUGCAGCAGAUUGAGCAUUUGAACAAAAAGUACAACGCCAACGUUCCGCUGGUGCUGAUGAAUUCGUUCAACACGGACGAAGACACGGAGAAAGUGAUCCGGAAGUACAAGGGCUUUCAGGUGCAGAUCUACACGUUCAAUCAGAGCUGCUAUCCGCGCAUCAGUCGCGACUCAUUGCUCCCCGUCGCAAAGGACUUUGCCAUUGACAACGAUAUCGAAGCCUGGUACCCACCCGGUCACGGUGACUUUUACCAAUCCUUCCAGAACUCGGGACUGUUGCGUAAAUUUAUCGAGGAAGGCCGCGAGUACUGCUUCCUAUCCAACAUUGACAAUCUGGGGGCGACAGUCGAUAUUAAGAUCCUGAACCGCCUGAUCGGGGAUGACCGGCAGAGCGAUAAGCCGAUCGAGUUCGUGAUGGAGGUGACCGACAAAACGCGUGCCGAUGUGAAAGGUGGAACGCUCAUCAACUACGAGAACAAGCUGCGGUUGCUGGAAAUCGCCCAAGUUCCGAAGGAGCACGUCGACGACUUCAAGUCGGUGAAAACGUUCAAAUUUUUCAACACAAACAACAUCUGGGCCCGACUGGAGUCGAUCGAGCGUGUGCUAAAUGCGAAAACGAUGAACAUGGAGAUCAUAGUCAACAACAAAACGCUCGACAACGGUAUGCGUGUGAUUCAGCUGGAAACGGCCGUUGGAGCUGCGAUGAAGUGCUUUGACGGUGGCAUCGGCAUCAAUGUGCCACGGUCGCGGUUUUUACCGGUAAAGAAAACUUCCGACCUGCUGCUGGUCAUGUCGAAUCUGUACAGUCUCAAGUACGGGUCACUGGUGAUGUCGCCCCAGCGCAUGUUUCCGACCACUCCGCUCGUCAAGCUCGGUGACAAUCAUUUCAGCAAGGUAAAAGAGUUCCUUAGUCGCUUUGCCAAUAUUCCGGAUUUGAUCGAGCUCGACCAUCUGACGGUUUCCGGCGACGUCACGUUCGGGCGAGGUGUCUCGCUGCGCAGUACCGUCAUCAUCAUCGCUAACCACGGGGAUCGAAUCGAUAUUCCUGCCGGGGCCAUUCUGGAAAACAAGAUCGUUUCCGGCAAUAUGCGCAUUCUGGAUCACUAGACAAAGAGCAAAGGCAAGGCCAAGAUACUCGCAAGCAAAGGAGAGCACAACUUUUAUUCUGGAUCGCAAGAGUUGGAAGGUUUUAAAAGACAAACGAGGAAAAGUUCUGCCGGGACGGAUGGGAUGCUCUCGAGUUUUAAUGUUGUUGUUUUCUUUUUUAAAGUAGAAAUAGUGUGAAGCAUAACGUCGGGAAGGCGCACAACCAAAAAUGCAGGGCCAUUGUAUUGAAACGUAACGACGUGUAAAAGUGAGGGAUUGAAACGCUUAUUGUGAAUGUUGAAAUAAAACAUAGUUCAUACGGGCA